AUGCCGAGUCUCGACGCACAUUCAUCUAGCAGCGGCCCCGUCUCCAUCUUGCGUCGCGCCGACAGCAAGGGCCGCAUACGCUUCAAGCACGUCGUGCGCUUCAGGCGUCCCGCGCAGGAAGUCGCGGCGCCAGCGCCAGUGCCAGCCGCUGCUGUGCAGCCUGAGCGGCCAGUCUCUCCUGCCCCGGCGCCCGAGGUACGCGAGCCUUCGCCGGAGAUCCACGAGGUGCGAUCCGAGUCUCCCGAGCUCGCUGCGCCUCAAGCCGGCGCCGUUGGCAGUCUAGUGGACGAUCUUGCCGCGCUGGAGCUCUCACGCGCCGAGCGCCACACGUUGCGAGCCGAGCGGCUGAGGCAGCAGCAGCUGCUCAAGGCGCGCGAGCAAGCGCGUCGACUCGAGGAGCAGCAGCGGCGCGUGCUGGAGCGGCGUCGACGGCGCAGAGAGAGAGCGGCGCGUGAUCGACAGCGCCUGCGCGAGGAAGUCAUCGAGGUGCCACCGCCGCACGCCAUCUGGAUCGUCCCGGAUGACGACGGCGAAGACGUCAAGCCGCACCUGCGCCAGCAACAGCAGCAGCAGCAGCCGCCUCGCGCGUACGACUCGCUCGAGCGCUGCUACGGCGUGUGCCGCUCGCGGCCCAAGGCCAUCAAUGACGGCGAGUGGGAGGUCGACGAGGUGGUGGACCACAUGGUGCAGCACGGCCGGCUGUUCUUCGCCAUCAAGUGGCAGGGCUAUCCGCUGGGCCACUGCGGCGCCUUCGACCUGUGGAAUCCGGCCGAGAACGUGCACUGCCCGCACCUCAUCCAGCUCUACUUCCACAGCCGCGGCAUCGCGCCGGACCGCAUGCCGUAUCAAGAGCAGUGGAACUUCUGA